CAUUCGCCCGACCGACGUUGACAGCUGUCAGUGGCAGCUGCUGUCAGAAAAGAUCAACUUCCGCCUGUGCGACCCAUCUACGCAUCUCGACUGGCCUUUCGUGUUCUUUUCCGGCUGUCAAUCGCGAGGAGGAGACAACAAUGGCUCCGAGAUACGAAAUGUGUGUCGGCCUGAACAAGGGCCACAAGACCACCAAGAUCAAGCAGCUGCAGUACCGCGGCGACCGCAAAGUCAAGGGAAUCCGCCCGUCCCGCCUGAAGGGUAUCCAAACCAAGCACACCAAGUUCGUGCGCGAUCUGGUGCGUGAGGUCGUCGGUCAUGCCCCGUACGAGAAGCGCGGUAUGGAAUUGCUGAAGGUGUCCAAGGAUAAGCGUGCGCUCAAGUUCCUGAAGCGACGCCUCGGCACGCACAUCCGUGCCAAGAGGAAGCGCGAGGAGCUGUCCAACAUUCUGGCCCAUAUGCGCAAGGCCGCGCACAAGUAAGCCACCAGCACCACCAACCUCCUGUUGCCCUCUUCGCCAGCUGGUGGGAAAGAUGGUGACGACUACUACUGCGCAUCGUCGGCCUUGUGAUGAUGGUGCGUGUGUGUUUGUGUAAGGAUUGAAACAUUCUUGAGCGAAUAAAAACUUAAGAUCAUAAACAACAACAA